CCACAACAACCACCCCCAGUCUCCCACACGUCCAGGACUCAUCACAAUGCUCUGUCUUCGCUGCAGGGCCCUGCCCUCCUUUCAAGCCACGGUGUCCGCCAUGCGCACCCCAAUGACCAGAAUCACCCAAUUCACACCUCAAACAUCCCUCACAUCCACUGCCAGGCUCUCCUCCCGACCCUUCUCUACGACUCUCCUCUCAACGCCAACCCGCCUCCAACCAAGCCAAACUCUCUCCGUCUCCCCCCGGACUCCCUCGACAUCGGCACUGUCCACCCCGUCAAUCUCAUCGCUGCUGCCCCCUCAGAGCCGCUCGUUCUCGGCUACCGCCUCGCUGGGCGUGAAGCGUAACACGUUCCGUCCCUCGCGCCGUGUGCAGAAGCGUCGCUCGGGUUUCUUGGCCCGGAAUACGGAUAGGAAAGGGCGGUUGACUCUUAUUCGUCGGCGGUUGAAGGGGCGUAAGGCUAUGAGCUGGUAAUUGCGCUUUGUAUGUGGAUAUGCUGCGGUUCCCCAAACAUGGGAGUUCGUUUAAGUGGGAGUUGCGAGUUGAAGGGUGACAUGCCGCCCUGGUUGCAUACGGACGGAUAUGCGGAGAUCGUCUCGUCUCGAUGAACAGGGUCGUUGAGAGACUCGAAGCAGGAUUUUGCUAGGCCAGUGUGUGGCCCUUUUUGUACCAUAUUUACCUUCCCGUCCAGUGGCGUUGAAACACUUGGAAUUGGGAAGUUGUGGAGAUUAUACUCAUUUCAGCUAUGUUCGUUUUAUUUCCGAUAUA